UCCCUCUCUCUGGUGCGCGCGCUGAGCCAGCCGCCUGUUGUUGUGUGUGUGUGUGUUUUUUUUCUCUCUUUUUUUGACGUCAGUAAUCAUCGUUCUUUCUCUCAUCCGGGUCUUCAAACUCUUCAAUCUCUCGUGCUCUCGUGGUUAUUUACUUUACUGAGCGAGCGCGCGCUGCACAGCUUAGUCGCUCUCUUGCUUGCUCUCUCGUUCCACACUCUCGUACGAGCGCGCGGGCGUACGCACGCACGCACGCUCGCGCAUGCAUACAUAUACACACACACAUACAUACACGCGCUGGUGACACUGGAGAGCGGCGGCAUCAGCAGCAGGAGCAGGAGGCUCGUGCGUGCGUCCGUGCGUGCCGCGUGCCGAGGGACCCCCCGGCUCUCGUGCAGCUCUGCCCCUCUUGUUCUCCCGCACGCUCUUUUUUGAUGGCUCGGGCAUGGAGAUGGAGAUAGCCCUGGUGAGCUUAGAGAACGGCGGCGCGCGCACGGGCUCCCCUCGCAGCCCUCCCCCGAGCCCGUGGCGCACGGAGCCCAGCGCGCGCCUCUUUGACGAUGACACGCUGGAUGAAGCCGCCGCCGUCGCCGCGCUGGACAUGGCGAGCGCCGAGCGCGUGCUCAUCAACGUGGCGGGCCUGCGCUACGAGACGCGCCUGGGCACGCUCUCGCAGUUCCCGGACACGUUGCUGGGCGACCCCGAGAAAAGGAUCAAGUACUUCGAUCCCCUGAGGAACGAGUACUUCUUCGACCGGAACCGGCCCAGCUUUGAUGGCAUCCUGUACUAUUACCAGUCCGGAGGCAAGAUCCGGAGGCCCGUCAACGUGUCCAUUGAUGUCUUCGCUGAUGAGAUCCGCUUCUAUGAGCUGGGAGAUGAAGCCAUGGAGCGCUUCCGCGAGGACGAGGGCUUUAUCAAAGAAGAAGAGCGACCGCUACCUGAGAACGAGUUCCAGCGCCAGGUGUGGCUUAUCUUCGAGUACCCCGAGAGUUCCAGCCCUGCUCGGGCCAUCGCCAUCGUCUCCGUUCUAGUCAUCACCAUCUCCAUCGUCACCUUCUGCUUGGAGACUCUGCCGGAGUUCCGGGAUGAGCGAGAGCUGGCUGCGACCAGCAGCAGCAGGACGGCAGAGACCAAUGGAACUCGCUCCAGGCCUUCGCUAACUUUCGCCGACCCCUUCUUCAUCGUAGAGACUACUUGCGUCAUCUGGUUCACCUUUGAGCUGCUAGUGCGCUUCCUGGCAUGCCCAAGCAAGUCUGUGUUCUCCAAGACAGUCAUGAACGUCAUUGACGUCAUGUCCGUCAUGCCCUACUUCAUCACGGUUGGCACGGAGCUGGUGGAGCAGCAGCACGGCCCAGAGCACGACGACGUCCAACAACAGCAGCAGCAGCAACAGCAGGCCAUGUCUCUGGCCAUCCUCAGGGUCAUCCGACUGGUCAGGGUGUUCAGGAUCUUCAAGCUGUCCAGGCACUCUAAAGGCUUGCAGAUCUUGGGGCAGACUCUCAAGGCCAGCAUGCGGGAACUGGGCCUGCUUAUCUUCUUCCUCUUUAUUGGGGUCAUACUGUUCUCCAGCGCCGUCUUCUUUGCAGAAGCUGAUGAGCCUGAAUCGCACUUCUCCAGCAUUCCCGACGCCUUCUGGUGGGCUGUGGUGACCAUGACCACUGUAGGUUAUGGGGACAUGAGGCCGGUCACUGUUGGGGGCAAAAUCGUAGGAUCCCUGUGCGCCAUUGCUGGCGUAUUGACGAUUGCGCUCCCAGUGCCUGUUAUCGUGUCCAACUUUAACUACUUCUACCACAGGGAGACGGACCAGGACCAGGCCUCGCUCAGGGACGAUGGCGGCCGCGAGAGUCCGUCGACCGUGGGGUUGGCAGGAGAGGGGGACAACGAGGCAGGGCUGGAUAACUCGCCUGCAGAGAAACCUAGUGUGAAAGUGAACAGCAGCAGCAGCAGCAGUGUGGACAUUAAGCGUUCACUGUACGCAUUCUGCUUGGACGCAAGGGAAACGGACCUGUAGGUGUCGCAGGUCAUUGACCGGUGCACCACAAAUGCAGGUGCAAACAUCAGACUACUUUUUUAUUUUGUCUCUAGGUCUGUCUAAAAAGAAACCAAGUUCAAGACAAGUCCUUUUGCACAAUCGACUGUUUUAUCAACAGGUUGCUGCAGUCUUAUAAUGGUUUUAUCAAUAAUCAUAUAUUAAAAUAGGACUUUAAUAUAGAAUUCAAUAGCCUGUUAUAAGUCAAAAUGUGAGGAUGUGGUUGAUGAAGAAAAUCUGGAUUUGACUUGAAAGGCCUUAACUGAGCUGGCA